CCGCAACACCGAGGCCAAUUGGGCGACCAACACUCUCGUUCUCAAAACGAAGAGUGGACAGACGUAUCGCGUACCUUUCAUAGGUACCACGGCGAUACCACGCCCCGAUCCUCCUCCCCCGGAGCCGUCAGUGCCCACACCAUCCCCCUCUAUCACUGUCACCUCGCCACGGCAGUUCGCUCACUUCAUUCGAUAGGACGACGUCACCUUCUUUAUGGUGGACGUGAUGAAUCUCUUGCACUAUGAUCCACCCUGUCCCGACACCGAGCUCAUCCCUCUGGAGCUAGAUCCUCCCUCUAUCUCCAUGGCUCUCAUCUCUACUUCCGUCUCUCCGCCGUCCGUCGAGUCCACCCUGCCGUCGGGCGCUGAUGCUGACGCUGAGGAACUCGCACGAUAUACGGCUGACCUGGAGCCCGCAGUUCGUGACCUCAUCCGAGAGUACCACGACGUUUUCUCAUCGUCGUUCUCGUAUGCCGGCAUCCCAUCGAUGCGUAACGUCGAGCACUCCAUUCAACUUGUGCCUGACUAUCGUGUUCACCACCAGGCACCCUACAGACUCUCGAUUCCCGACGCCACCGAACUCGAGCGUUUGCUUGAGGAGCUCCUCAGACUGGGUUUCAUUAAACCCAGCAACUCGUCGUGGGGUGCACCCGUCCUCUUUGCUCGUAAAGCGGAUGAAACUCUCCGUCUCUGCAUCGACUAUCACGGUCUCAAGCGCUACACGGUUAAGAACAGCUACCCCAUGCCUCUUUCCGAUGAGUUGUUCGACCGCUUAGCAGGCAACCGCUUCUUUACGAAGAUUGAUCUUCGUAGCGGUUACCAUCAGAUCCGCGUCGCUGCAGCCGACCAGCCGAAGACAGCGUUCCGAUCGCGCUUCGGCCACUACGAGUUUACGGUGAUGCCAUUCGGCCUCACCAAUGCACCCGCCACCUUCCAGAGGGCAAUGAACGACAUUUUCAGGGACAUCCUGGAGCAGUACGUUCUCGUCUACCUCGAUGAUAUCCUGGUCUACAGUCGUACCCUUGAGGAGCACCUUAGACACCUCCGCGAUGUCCUUGACCGCUUGAGCAGACAUGGCUUCUACGCCAAGCUGAGCAAGUGCCGCUUUGCCCAGCACAAAGUGGAUUUCUUAGGACACUAUGUGUCUGACCAGGGUCUCCAUUUGAACGACGCGAAGAUCACUACUAUUGCGGAGUGGCCCGCCCCCACAUCCGCCAAGCAGCUUCGCAGCUUCCUAGGCCUGACCAGCUACUAUACCUUCUACUCCCGUCAGCUCCUGCCCGCCGAGAUAAACUACACCGCUGAUGAACGUGAGGUUCUCGCAGUAGUUUAUGCCGCUCGGCACUGGCGUCACUACCUGCACAGGGCACCAUUCACGGUGCGCACGGACAACUCUGUUGUCCAGGCUUUUCUGACAAAGCCGAAGCUCACUCCUCGACAGGCUUGCUGGUGGCGCGACCUAUCCGAGUUUAGUUUCACCACUGAGCACAUCAAGGGUGAGCCUAAUCGGGUCGCAGAUGCCCUAUCCCGGCGCCCGGACCACGACCAGGAGCACAUCCAGCUCUCUUCCAUCUCGGUCACCAUCGUCCACCACUCGGUGACAGACGAGUUUCACACUCAGUACCGCCACUGCCCCGACUAUCGCGACAUCCACGCGACCUUUCGGAGUGGCAAGACCGUCCCGAACUACUCUCUCGGGGACAACGGUCUUGUGUACUGGCACGGUUCACAGGGCACCAGAGAGCCCCGUAUUUGCGUUCCCUCCACUGGACAGCUACGUGUCCGAGCAGUAGCAGAGUUCCAUGACCAGGCAGCUGCCGGUCAUAUCGGCUUCCACACGAUGUUGGCUCGUGUGAGCCGCCUGUACGUCUGGCCUAAACGCAAGGACUUUGUGAAGGACUACGUCGCAGAGUGUUCCACCUGUCAGGAGGUGAACAGUGCGAACCACCUGCCUUAUGGUUUGCUCCAGCCUCUUCCUAUCCCUGAGGGUCGUUGGCAGUCCAUCUCGAUGGACUUUAUCGGUCCUCUUCGUCCUCCGACCCCUCGCAGUCAUGAUGCUAUCCUGGUCGUCAUCGACCGCUUCACGAAGCGUGCACGCUUUGUUCCGUGCCGCUAUGCCAUCAGUGCACGUGAGGUGGCCGACAUCGUGUUUGACCGAGUCGUGCGUGACCACGGCUUAACUCUGAGCAUCAUAUCUGACCGUGACCCGCGCUUUACCACCCGAUUCUGGCGACGGCUCCACGAGGUGUACGACACUCAGCUCCGCGUCUCCUCGUCUUACCAUCCUCAGACAGAUGGUCAGACCAAGAUCACGAACAGGACUCUCGGAGAUAUUCUCCGAAAGAUUGUUCGUGACGACCAGAAGUGGGAUCUCCAUCUUGCCCACGCGGAGAUAGCCUACAACCACGCCGUCUCGCUAGCCACGGGGAUGUCGCCUUACUAUUGCGACCUCGGCUAUCACCCUCAUGUUCCCGCGGACUUCCUUCGACCAUCCCAGCUGCACCCCGACACGAGUUGUCCCGCGCUGGACGAUUGGGUUGCACACAUGACGUCGAUCAUGAAGACCGCACAUGARCACAUAGCCGCUUCCCAGACUCRCAUGGCARCACAUGCGAACCGAUCGAGGAUGGAUCAUUCAUUCAAAGUCGGUGAUGAUGUGCUUAUCGACGCCCGCCACUUACAGCUCGAAGCGGACACGCUUCGCAAGUUUCGACGUCGCUUCUUUGGCCCAUGCCGCAUCCUCCAGGCCGUCGGUUCUGAUACGGCAUCUAGCCCGGUCAGCUUCCGUGUGAAGCUGCCCGACUACCUACGCCAGACUCUUGUGCACAAUGUUUACCACAUCUCGUUACUGCGUCCUUACCGCAGACCGUCUGAGCGUUUCACCGGACGACCAUACGAGCGCCCUCCACCCAUCAUGGUGGACGGUCACGAGGAGUUCCUCGUUUUAGACAUCAUUGGUCACCGAGUCACCGACGAUAACCCUCCCCACGUCGGGUAUCUCGUAUGUUGGAAGGGUUACCCAGAUGAGGAGGCUACCUGGGAGCUCCUCGAGCACUUUCAGCACGCUCGCAUGUUGGUGCGUGCAUAUGACCGUGCUCGUCGUGCUGGGUUCACUGCUCCUCCUCAGCUCACGGACCCUCCUCCUUCUCCUCCGGCUGAGGAGACCGCUGAAGUCGAGCCUGCUCCAUCUGAGGCAGACCUUCAGCAGCAGCCGGAUGCUUCUGAGCGUCCACAGUGCACUCGUCGUCGUCCUGCUCGAUACGACGAUUGACUCUGACUUACCUUCCCACGUC